AUGGUAGCAGUUUCCGUCCUGUGGAUCCCUAUCAUCGAGUCGCUGCAGGGGGGACAGCUCUACAUCUACAUCCAGUCCAUUGCUGCUGCAUUGGCCCCGCCGAUUGCGGCGGUUUACUGUCUGGCCAUUUCCUGGACUCGGAUGAACGAGAAAGGCGCCUUUUGGGGCCUGGUGCUGGGACUGGCCAUAGGACUAGUCAGGAUGGCGCUUGAGGUGGUAUACCCGGAACCACGGUGCUAUGAAGUGGACACACGACCUGCCAUUCUUGCACAGGUGCACUACAUGUAUUUUGCCACAAUACUUUUCUGGGUGACGAUUGGGGCUUGUGUGUCCGUGUCACUCAUAACAAAACCUCCCGAAGCCUUUCGGAUCAUCCGGACAACGUAUUGGACCCGGUUUGACAAAACACCUCGUCCAGAUGAUUGCGAACGCGUGGAAAUUGAAACCAUCGCCCCCGUCGAACGUGGCGACGGCGGAUUUCAGCUCAACCGUUUGGAAGAUGGCUUUGAAUCCGGCAAGAAGAAGAAGAAGACAAAGAAAAACAGGAAGUUGGCGAAUUCCGAGGAGUCUUCUUCGUCGUUGAUCAGCAAAGCCUUCGAAUGGAUUUGCGGUUUCCACGAAGAUCCGAUCGCUGCGGCAGCUGGUGAAGAUGAAGACGCCAAUGCCUUGUUGCAUCACUUGGAUUCCGUCGCGUCUUUGGAGCAGACGAGCAGAGAAAAGCUUUUCCUCAACUCGUGUCUUUGCGUCAUCAUGGCACUAACGGUGUUUCUCUUCAUUUUCUUUUCGGUUCCGUCGCCGGUGACGAAGCCCUCGUUUCAGCGAAUGGCCACUUCCGGUUCCGCCGACGGUCGGCUGGAGUUCACAGACUUGGAAACCCUGCUGACGGACGUCAACUCCACCCUGGAACACACGUGGCCGUCCAAUUUCGAAAUCCUCACGGUGGAGACGUUGCAGACGACGUUCGAUCGACGGCCGGACGACUCUUCCGAGGCCACUCUGCUCACCAUGGGCCUCCGCAUCUUCGUCGGCUUCCUCCUCGGCAGCCACGAGGACGAGGAAGAAGCAGGAGGAGGAGGAGAAGACGGCAGCGGAAACAACGGCCACGAGAUGUCGCACGUCAUCUGCGAGGCCAUCGGACUGGCCGACUUUGCGCCUCGGAAACGACCCGACGGCACUUUUGAAACGUUCAGCGAUCUGGUGCUGCGGGCGUCGAGAAAGUGUUCGUCUAGGUCGGACAUCAGAAUCACCAACAUUCAGGCCGUCGACAUGCGAAUGUCCCCCGAAGGAUUCAUGGACUCGAGAAAAACGUAUUUCUACGACGAUCCGAAAUCCAGUUUCAUCAGAAUCGUCAGAGUCGCUUUCGUCGUUCGAUACCCUUGUCCCAAUGAAUCGUCGACACUGUCGAUUGUUCGCCAACCAAACAACCGUUCCGGUUCCUGGAGCUGUCGACACUUCCGGCCGAAACUCGUCGGCUUUUGCGGCAAGUCGCUGGAGACCAUCAAUGACGUUGUGCGACAAAUCAAUGAAUGGAUGACCACCCAGAAAGGCACUUUCAUCUCUGUCGAGUCCUGCUUGAUUCCAGUGGACACAACCCGACCUUGAGUGUACAUGACCGAGGAGAUCGUCGAAAGCCCGGAAGUCGUGUCCGAAUGGGAAGUCACCAAGGCCUUCCGGAAUCUGAUGAAACCCAUUGCUUUCCUGAGAAGAAGCAAAACCCGCGACACUCAAGCAAGGCAAAAACGAGCGACGGCAAAAAAAUGA